AUGGAGCCCUGCCCUUCUUCCCCGGAGAAGAACCGGCCGUGCCCGCAGCCCGGUGCCUGCAGGUCCCCAGGGGGCAGGGUGGUCCUGCACCUGGACCUGGACUGCUUCUAUGCCCAAGUGGAAAUGAUCCGCAACCCUGCCCUGAGGAACCAGCCUCUAGGUGUGCAACAGAAAUCCCUCGUUGUCACCUGUAACUAUCAAGCCAGAAAUCUUGGAGUUAAGAAACUGAUGUCUGUCAAGGAUGCUAAAGAGAAAUGUCCUCAGCUGGUGCUGGUUAAUGGAGAAGACCUGACCCCAUACAGGGAAAUGUCCUACAAGGUUACAGAGCUGUUGGGGGAAUUUUGUCCACUGGUGGAAAGGCUUGGGUUUGAUGAAAAUUUUGUGGAUGUCACCGAGAUGGUUGAGAAGAGACUAAAUCAGCUGCAGCAAAGUGGAUGUUCCCAAGUCUGUGUGUCUGGCCACGUGUACAACAACCAAGCUAUCAAUCUGCAUGACACAAGGCACGUAAAACUAGUUAUUGGAUCUCAGGUUGCAGAAGAGCUCAGGGGAGCCAUCUGUGCCAGACUGGGCCUCACAGGCUGUGCAGGGGUGGCCUGGAACAAAGUGCUGUCUAAACUAGUGUCUGGCACCUUUAAACCAAACCAGCAAACUGUUCUUCUGCCUGAAAGCUGCCAAGAUCUGAUGUGCAGCCUUGAUCACAUCCAGAAAGUGCCUGGCAUUGGCUACAAAACCAGCAAACGUCUGGAGACGUUGGGUGUUAGGAACCUGUGUGACCUCCAAACAUUUCCAUCUGCUGUGUUAGAGAAGGAACUGGGUGUUUCUGUUGCUCAGCGUAUCCAAAAACUCAGCUAUGGAGAAGAUGACUCCCCUGUGACUCCCUCAGGCCCUCCUCAGUCCUUUAGUGAUGAAGAUUCCUUUAAAAAAUGUUCAUCAGAAGAGGAAGUUAAAAAGAAACUUGAAGAGCUGCUUCCUAACCUAUUAGACAGAAUCCAGAAAGAUGGAAGACAGCCCCACACAGUCAGGUUGACCAUUCGCCAGUUCUCCUCCACCAACCGCUGGUUCAGCCGGGAAAGCCGCCAGUGUCCUAUUCCCCCUCAGCUCCUUCAGAAGAUUGGGAAAGAAGGCAGCAACAUUGUAUCCCCAUUGGUUAAUGUCCUGAUGAAGCUCUUUCGAAAGAUGAUAGAUGUGGAUCUUCCCUUUCAUCUCACCCUUCUGAGUGUCUGCUUCUCCAACCUCAAAGACCAUCCUAGCAGCAAGAAAGGAUCCAUUGGCUUCUAUCUCAAGCAGAUGUCACCACCAUCAGGCUCUGGUAAACGUGGCCAGGAAGUGGAAGAUGUCUCACAAGGUGAGGGAAGUGCUUCCUGGAACCAGAACUGCAACAGCACUGGAGCCACAAAAACUAGGAAGCUUUCCGAGGAAAAGAAAAGCAAUAUAAAAAAAGGAGGAAUUCCUGACUUGCCAUUUGGUUUGUCUCCUGGUGAUAUUGACCAGGAAGUCUUCAGAGAACUUCCAGAAGCUAUUCAAAAAGAAAUUAUUUCUGGAAAAGCAGAAGAGAUCCCUAGAGAGAACGUUCUGGGUCAGCCAGCAGGAGGUUCUGCAGAGGAGGGACAGAGCAACUCCCCAGGUUGUCAGGGACUGGAGGGUGACUCUGCAGGGUGCAGUGACCACAGCUCCAGGCCCAGUUGUUCUUCUGAGUGUUCCAGGAGUGCACUGGCAACCAGCAGAGUGGAAGAACAACCCAUGGACUCUCCAAACUUCAGAGAGAAAGGUCUGUCACCUCUGGAAGCCCUGCAUGUCCCUGGCUUGGAGCAAGAUAAGCAGGCCUUUGAAACAACUUCUGAGGAUACAACUUGCAGGAGGCAAGCAGGGAUUGUUCUUCCUCCUCAUGUUGACACAAAGACUUUUUAUGAACUACCUGCAGAUGUGCAGGAAGAACUGCUAGCUGAAUGGAAGAACCAGAGCCCUGUGUCCAAGGCUUCUCUGGAAAAGAAAGCCCCUGAAAAGCCUAGAACAAAUAAAGGAAGAAGGAACACAGCCCCAUGUUUAUCACAGUCCAACAGUUUGCUAAGGUAUUUCAAACCACAGUGA